CACAUACACACUUGUACAACAGGGUGAAGAACGGAGGGAUAAGUACAAUUCUUGGGCUGCCCUGAAAUGAAUAGUUGACCAGUAUUUGCGUCAUGAUUGGAAGCCUUAUAUAUUAUGGGCUCUAUCCUUUAAGUAAACUCCUGACUAAACUCUCAGAACUGUGGUGGAACGAUCGUCCUGUAUUCAUAAAUGGCAAAGGAUUGUGGGAUUGUGAUGGUCCAAGUCCUUACAGAAGGCUUAAUGAGCAGCAGUCUGUCUUGUUGGAUCAGUGGUGCAGCACUGCAAGUGAGCUUUCCGAGACACCUAAAUCCACUCACUGGAAGAGGAGGAACACUAAUGGACUGGUGGAUGGUGAAUCUGUUUUGGAGAUCAUAAAGGGCACAGAAGAGAAGAAUUGUCAGCGGCAGGAUUUGGACGUAGCAAUGUUUCACAAAGAAGGGGAGAAUAUCUAUGUAAAAAAUUCCAUGAAUAUUGAUCCUGAACCUUUAAAUGAGGGAAACAACUCCAAUUUGGUGCUAAAGCUGGAUAGUGACCUUGCUGAGGAACAGGCUGCAGGAACGGGUGGCGAUAUGAACAGAUUACUGCAGGACAGUGAGCAGCUAGAAUCAGCGAUUGCAAGGGAGGCAUCUGCUGCUGCAGCAGGGAUGGCAUUGGUGACGCCAGGUGAAAAGCCAGUAGCGUCAGCUUUAGCAGCAGACGGACGGGUUCCAUUGCACACAAAUUCACAUCUAGUGGCUGCUUUAGGCACUUAUGCAUAUGCUACACUUGAUAAUACAGACCUACCUAAUAAAAUAGAAGGUGGUCAUGAAACCAUGCCACUUGAAAUAACACCAGAGGGUGGUAAUGAGUGGAUACGUUAUGAUUAUACACAACCAGCAGAAGUGACUCGUGUUGGUGCAUUUACACAUGAAAACCAGCUUGGAUUUCAAAUGGACAGAAACACAGGAGAAAUUAAAGACCUUGUCGGUGCUGCUUGUCCUUUGUACAACUUAAGUACUUUACUUGCAGAUAAUCAUGCACAGACCAUCAGUGAUCAAACAUGGGCCCAGUCUGCACCCACAGGUUGGCAUUUUCCAGUGGGACUAGGGCUGUCAGAGGUGACGAACUCUUCCUUAGCACAGUUUCCUAGCAUGAGCUACUACCCUACAGUUCAAGAGAGCAACUGUUUUGAAGUGAUGUGGAGGGUGUGGGAGGACCUGAGUGAAAAUGAUGACGCUACCUUUGCAGACCCAGGCUCCAAGUUCUACUUCACUGUAAUGUCCUACAACAUCCUGGCCCAGGACCUGCUAGAGGCUAACUCAAGGUUGUAUGCACACUGCUCAGAGGAUGUGCUGGCAUGGGAAUACCGCUUUCAAACCUUCCUAAGAGAGCUUCAGACCUGGGAGCCUGAUAUUAUUUGUCUUCAAGAAGUCCAAGAGAAUCACUACCUGGAGCAAAUGCAACCAGCCCUGACUGAGAUGGGCUAUUACUGUGUUUACAAGCGCCGCACUGGCACAAAAACAGACGGCUGUGCGGUGUGUUACAACACCCAGCUCUUCACACAGCUGUCGGUCAGCCUGCUCGAGUUCCAGCGCAAUGACUGUGAACUGCUGGACCGGGACAACGUGGGCAUCGUGCUCCUCCUUCAACCAACUGCAGCACGCAGUGAAGGCCUGACAUUCAGACCCAUCUGUGUAGCCAACACACACCUGCUGUUCAACCCCAGGAGAGGAGAUGUGAAACUGGCUCAGCUCGCUAUAGUGCUGGCUGAAAUUGACAAAGUAACCAAGCAGUGUAAGGUCAAAGGGCACGACUGUGAGGUCAUUCUGUGUGGGGACUUAAACUCCACACCCAACAUGCCUCUGUACGAGCUGAUCAGCACUGGCUGGCUCUACUACCACGGGAUGCCAGCAUGGAUGGUCUCUGGUCAGGAAGACCUGUCCUACAAAACCUAUCACAGGAGGCUGUAUGCGCCAUUGUGGCCCAGCAGCCUGGGCAUCAACGAUAACUGUCAGUACUCUAAUGUCUCUGAGCCUCAUGUCAAAGAAUCAGGGAAACUACAGUACAAUCAUGAUUUCCUGCGGCAGCUGCGUUAUUGCCCGGCAGCUUGUGUGCGUCCUGCUGACUUAGAGCUCAUACCAGGUGUCACCGACAAUAUCCCAAUGCCUGAUGAGAUGCAGCAGUUUGCUCCAAGAAGGUUUAGAAACACUAUAUAUCACAGCUUAAACUUAAGCUCAGUGUACAACCAGAACAUAACAGGAACCACACUCGACGCAGUCACCACACUGCACUCAGACGGAGCCGCCAUGGUCGACUACAUCUUCUUCUCCAGACGAGUUCCGAACGGGGAAAAGGGUCUGAAGUUACUUGGUCGACUUGCUCUGCUGUCCGAGGCAGACCUAUGGUCACAGAAUGGACUUCCAAAUCAAGCUUUUCCAUCUGACCACCUCAGUCUUAUGGCCAAGUUUCAGCUCAGCUGAGUAUUCAAAGCUCAAGCCAGGACAGUGAAUUAGGGGGUUUAAGUUUGCCCUGUAACUAAUGGAAUGCACUGUGGUACAGCUAUUUCUGACUU